AUGCCCUCCGGAGUCUUCAACUCCUCCUACUACGGCAAGGACUACCGUCCGGGAGCCGCCCUCCAGCGUGCCCGUCGGCCCUACCUCUUCAGGAACUCUCUGACCGGUGUCGCCCUCGUCGCAUUCACCAUCAGCGUCUACGCCUACACCAUCCGCGCCGUCGGCCAGGACGAGUUCUCAGACGUGAAAGUUCCCGACGCCCCCGCAAAGUCAUCCCAGCAAUAG